CGCAUCUGUUCAGCAGCACCUCUUGCUGCACACCCCCGCCACAUAACCUUGUUCCCCUUCUCGUCCCCAUCCGUGUUUUACUGUUACCAAGUCUCUUUGUCGCGGAAAUCAUGGCCCCGCCUCAGGUUGUCUCCUCGUACAAGCAAUUGCAGCAGGCGUUCAGCUCGCGUCCGUCUGACCCCAAGAAGUGCGCAUCGCUGCUCGCCGGGCUUAAGAUAGCCUUGAGCGAAAUGGGCCUCUUGGUACCGAUGGGUGAUGCUAGCCUAGAAGACAUGGUCAUGGCCCGUGACGUGCUGGAGAUUGGCGCAUUCUUCAGCAUACGGUCAAGAGAUAUCCCCUCUUUCGAUCGGUACUACUCGCAACUACAGACAUUCUACAAUGACUACAGCUCCGUUCUCCCCCCAUCACCGCGCGAAUACCCCAUCCGCGGCCUCUACCUCAUCCGCCUCCUCACGCAGAACCGCAUAGCCGACUUUCACACCACCCUCGAGUCGCUUCCUCUCGCUGCAGACACGCUCACAGCGAACCCUUACAUCCAACACCCCGUCAACCUCGAGCGCUGGCUGAUGGAGGGCAGCUACAGCAAGGUGUGGAAAGCGCGCGAGGAGGCCCCGGCGGAGGAGUACAAGUUCUUCGUGGACAGUCUCAUGGACACGAUCAGGAACGAAAUUGCAAGUUGCGAGGAAGCGGCGUACGAGAGUCUGCCACUCAAGGACGCUGGGACGCUGCUCUUCUUCACCACUCAGAACGAGUUGCUCACUUUCGCAAAACAGCGUGGAUGGCAAGUAAACUUGACAGCGGGAACCACUACUUUCGCGAAGAAAGGCGAGGAGAAGGUCGAGAUCCCGAAGGAAAAGUUGAUCCGGCGAAUCUAGCAAUUGCACGAGAGCUAGAGCAGAUUGUAUGAGCCCGUACGAUGGAUCCUUUCGCCCUGUUGUUUUCCUAUCUUGCGAAGCAUCUCGUUUCAGACGCGGGCG